AUGCAGCUCUCCAACCUCAUGUUUGCUCUUGUGGCCGUUGGCGCCAGCCUGGGUCUUGCUGCUCCUUCACCCGAGAAGGGCAGUACCGAGACUACUCAAUGGACUUGCCCUAACGGUUGGUCUGUUUGCGGUGAAUGCAAUGGCACCUCUUGCAAGAUCGCUGCAAGCAACUGGGACUGUGAAGUGGGCAGCUGCGUGGGUGAUGGUGGCGGUGAUGGAGCCAUCUGUGGUAACCACCCUGGCGGCAAGAUCAUUUGCCCUGGCAGUGGCUAA